AUGCUCAUUCCUGACUCCUGGCUUCAGUCUCCUCCUCCCAUCCUACUACUGACCCUCCUACUGGGACUCAGAGGAGCAGCUGAAGAUGAGCUGCAGGUGAUACAGACAGACAGGGCGGUGUCUAUCGCCGCAGGACAGUCGGCCAUGCUGCGCUGCACUGCGACCUCCAUGCGCCCCCUGGGGCCCAUCCAGUGGUUCAGGGGGAAAGGACCAAGCCGGGAGUUGAUCUGCAAUUUCAAAGAACCAUACCCUCCCCGCGUCACACCAGUUGCAGAUCCCACACAGAGAGAAAACAGGGACUUUUCCAUCCGCAUCCAGAAUGUCACCCCAGCAGACGCGGGCACCUACUACUGUGUGAAGUUCGAGAAGAUGCCCUCUAGGGAGAGGGAGUUUAAAUCUGGAUCAGGCACUGAGCUGUCUGUGAGUGCCAGACCUUCUGCUCCCGUGGUUGCCGGCCCUGUAGCCAGGGCCACACCUGGGCAGACAGUGAAUUUCACCUGCAAGUCCCACGGCUUCUCCCCCCGGAACAUCACCCUGAGAUGGUUCAAAAACGAGAAGCAGCUCUCUGCCUCCCACACCAGCCUGGACCCCAAGGGAGAGAGCGUUUCCUACAGCGUUUCCAGCACAGCCAGGGUGCAGCUGGCCCUUGGGGACGUCCGCUCUCAGGUCACCUGCGAGGUUGCACAUGUCACCUUGCCCGGGGGCCCUCUUCGUGGGACUGCCUACUUGUCUGACGCCAUCCGAGUGCCGCCCACGGUGGAGGUCAGCCAGCAGCCCACCAUGGCAGAAAACCAGGGGAACAUCACCUGCCUGGCGACCAACUUCUACCCCUCGAGGCUGCAGCUGAGCUGGAUGGAGAAUGGAAACGUGUCCCGUGCCGAAACGGGCUGGGCCCUCACUGAGAACAAGGAUGGGACAUACAACCAAAUGAGCUGGCUACUGGUGAACACCUCUGCGCACAGGGAGAGCGUGGUGCUCACCUGCCAGGCGGAGCACGAGGGCCAGCCCGCCAUCACUGCCAGCUUCACCCUGGAGGAGGAGCAGGCAGGCGACACAGCCCCUGAUGUCAUGUGCUUUGAUCCUGCUGUGCUCCUCACAAUUCUGUUCCUUGGCACCAAGGUGCUGCUGGCAUUUGGAGUCUCUGCCAUCUACAUCCAUAGGAAGGAGAUGGACAUCUGUCAAUCUGCUCCUGAACUGAAGCUAUGA